GCGACGGCUUUUCAACGUAGCUUUGUCGGCAUUUUACCUUUAAGUUUAGUGCGAUUAUUGCCUUUCUGUGCCCCGAAAAAGAAAUUUUAAACCUUUGUAGUCGUGAUUAUUACUCUUUUGGGUUUUUGAAGGUUUUCUUUUCGAGAAAUGUCGGUUAUUCUUGAGACAACGAUAGGAGAUGUUGUGAUCGAUCUUUUCACCUCCGAAAGACCUCGAGCAAGCCUCAACUUUUUGAAGUUGUGCAAGAUAAAGUAUUAUAACUACUGCUUGUUUCAUUCCAUCCAGCAAAACUUUCUGGCUCAGACUGGAGACCCAACUGGUCGUGGAAAUGGAGGGGAAUCUGUGUUCAGGUCCUUGUAUGGAGAUCAAGCCAAAUUCUUUGAAGCAGAAACUAAACCUCGCCUUAAGCAUAAAUCAAGAGGAACUGUCUCCAUGGCAAACAAUGGAGACAACUUACAUGGUUCUCAAUUUUUCAUCACCCUAGGAGAUGAUCUGGACUAUCUAGAUGGUGUUCAUACUGUGUUUGCUGAAGUUGUUGAAGGAUUUGAGGUCUUGGACAAACUGAAUGAGACAAUCUGUGAUGACGAACACAGGCCAUACCAAGACAUCAGAAUAAACCACACUGUCAUUAUUGAUGAUCCAUUUGAUGAUCCACCUGGCUUAGUUGUACCUGACCGAUCGCCAGAACCAACCAAAGAACAACUCGAUAGUGGCCGCAUAGGAGCUGACGAAGAAAUAGACGACACUAAAGGUAAAACCAUGGAGGAGAUUGACGAGAUGAUAGAGGAGCGAGAACUUAAAGCUGGGACACAAAUCCUUGAAAUGGUCGGUGAUCUUCCAGAUGCAGACAUGGCACCCCCAGAAAAUGUCUUGUUUGUUUGUAAAUUAAAUCCUGUCACUCAAGAUCAAGACUUGGAGAUCAUUUUCUCAAGAUUUGGGCCAAUUAAAAGUUGUGAGGUCAUACGUGAUCAGAAGACUGGAGAAUCUUUACAGUAUGCAUUCAUUGAGUUUGAGAAUGUUGAAGACUGUGAACGAGCUUACUUUAAAAUGGAUAAUGUGCUCAUUGAUGAUCGGCGAAUUCAUGUUGACUUUUCACAAUCAGUAGCUAAAGUCCAGAUGCAAAAGCAAGGUGCUAAACCAGUCUUCCCAGACAAAAGUGAAAAGGGCAAACCUAAAUUUGCCAUCAAGGGACAAAAGCAGUCAUCAACCUAUGAUUUGGUAUUUGAUGACAACUACAGUGAUAGAAAAUCUGGGGAUAAACUGAAAGGACAGAAAGAAGGAAACAAGGAUAAAGAUUUUCCCAAGUCGAGAAUUGAAAAAGUAGGAAAACCAAGGCGCAGUGAUGAUGACAGUGAAGAUCACAAACAAGAAAGAAAACGUGGUGGAAAGGAAAGAGACAGGAGGCGAGAAAGGAAAGAAAGUAACAGCAGCGAUGACAGUACAAGAGACAGAAAGAAGAGAGACAAGCGGGAAAGAAGAAGCCCCAGUAAUAGUGCUGAUGAUGAGGAGAGAAUCACAAAGAAAAAGAAAUAUGCAGAUGAAUACUCAAGAAGUCAUAAAAAUACCAAGGGGAAAAAUCAAUCGCAAAUUGAAGGAAAACCAAGAGAUCACAAAAGCAGAAGGGACAGGGAUCAUUCUCCAAGGAACAAAGACAGGAGUUCAAAGCACUAUCAAGAAAAACAUAAACAUUCCGAAAGCCACAGAAGCAGACACUCUUGGCACGAUUAUAAACAUCAUUCAAGCCACAGAUAUUAAACCAGAAAUAUUAUUGUCAACCAGUGGUAGUUGAAGUAAGGACUCAAUGGGAGAAAAUGUACAAAGUCAAGGAAAAUGGCUACCAUCAUCACUGUUUAAUAUGAGCCUGUUUCAGAAGUUCAUCGGGCGGUGUGACAGUUCAGGCACAUAAGAGAAGGGAAAGAUAACCCUCAAUUUUGUCCCUCUACCAGUG